UAUGUUCUAAAUGUCCUUAUAGAACAAUGAAAAGCACUGAAGUGCAAACCCUCGGCGCAUUGUGACGCGCACGCGUGAGUAAACGCAUGCGCUGUAUCACUAAUUGAUGGGCUGGGUUUAGUUCUGGCUGUUACUCCUGGUCUCUAGCCAUCUCGCGCAGAGUCUGACGCGGGCUAACUACACUACUAGACAGCAUGCGAGAGGCGAUACACGCCCUGCGUUGCAUCUUCUGGUGCCUCUGAGGUCGCAGAGCACGCGGAUCGAUCAGACCGCGCUUUGCAACGGAGCAUUUUCAGAGAAAACCGCCUUUAUUUUCUGACCUUCGUCGCCCGUUGGGUAGAUGGUAUCGUUUCUGGGACGAACAGAGAUGUAGAGUAACAGACAGACACACACACACAGACAAACCCAACUACUGUAACCCUCGCUGCGCAUGCGCGCCGAGGGUUAAAAACCGGCAAAGAGUUGUAUAUUGAGAGUUGGCUCACUCUGACUGUGACCCCUUCAAUUGUGUUCCUAUUCAGAUGAGUAGCAAUUGACUGGCUAAUGGUCGUGUUCAUCUCUCUCUCUCUCCUCACAGGACGUCAAGUACACGAUGAAGCUGGACAUGUAUGAAUUCUGCACCACUGAACUGCAGCAGAAACUUAGCCCCAUGAGGACCAAGUUCAAGGAACAAGAAGAGAAAAAGAUGGCUCAGAAAGCCAAGCUGAUAGCCGAGGGCAAGCUGCUGGGACCGAAACUGGCAGGAGCGGCAGCUAUACCCAAGAAAGAUGAGAAUGUUGAAUAUGAACCUUUUCAGUUUGAAGAUGAUGUAGGCAGUAAUAACAGUGGAUACUACGAGCUGGCGGCCGUCCUGACGCACAAGGGAAGAUCUUCAUCUUCUGGUCACUACGUCGGCUGGGUGGCCCUCAAGAACGGUGAGUGGGCGAAGCUGGACGACGACAAGGUUACCUUGGUGACGGAGGACCAGAUACUGAAGCUGUCUGGAGGUGGCGAUUGGCACGUGGCGUACAUUCUGUUGUACGCUCCUCGGAGGUUGGAGAAGAUGAGAGAGGAAGAGGAGGAGACCCCACCCACUGCAGAGGAGACUUCUGAUGUUCCAAUGGAGACUGCUGACUCAGCAGACCCUCCUCCUCCUCCUCCGACCAAUUAACAAUGACAUCAUCGUGACAUCAUUCCAUCUCUCUUGAUUAGACCAGUGUGACAGCUUCACACGCAUCGUGACUAUUGUAUAAUUACUAUUGUGAUGAUGGUGUGUGUAUUAUAACAACACAACCAUAAUUAUGCAAUAUUG